GAGCCAGGGAAAGAGAAUCUAUGAGCAUCAGUGACUCUGCAACCACCCUUGCCCCUACACAUUUUGUGUGUGAAUAAAGUCAGCACACAUUAACAAAUCCCAUUUCAAAUUCAGAUCCCUGAGUCCAGCUGAUAGAUUUUUGUUGCUUUCCCACCAUUUUGAUUUCGUUUGGAACCAGAAAAAGAUCCAACCCUGCAAAACCCAAUAUCGAGAAACGAAGAAGACUUGGGCAGCAGAGAGGUAGCUUUCAUGGAUUCGAGGGGCUGCUACAAAUCGCGUCUUUGGCUUCUGGUUUUAUUUGGGUAAAGUCCAAAGUCUUUGCUAGCUUCUCUUCGUUUCUCUCGCCCUCCCGCCUUCUUCUUUCCAACCUCAUUGUCUUCUUCUGGUUCGUCUUUGCCAAAAGUUCCCUCGUCGUCUCCGAAUUCAUUCUUUUUUUUUUCUUCUUCUUUCUUUUCAAAAGUUUAAUGGGUUUGCUAUAAACUGUCUUUUGGGUUUCUUCCUGUUAUUCGGUGUUUGAUGACGGAACUGUACCAGUCCUUUUCAAAUGGUAUGAUAAAAGCAACAUUUAUGGCUUUUUCGGGUUCUAGUAGCUGGUUUGAGUAAACAUGUUGAUUAUUGUUGUGGAAAACUUACAAUGACCCAAGCUGCAACUAUCUAUUCGUUGAAGGGCUUGAUAUUGUGUCUUUUACACUGAGAAGUGAUUUUGUUACUCCAUUUUUACAAAGCAAGACCUGCAUUUUCCCGUCUCUUUCUGGGCAAGAUGUUGUGUGCUUGCUCGGGAGAGCAAUUUAAGUUCGACGAGCCACCGCAGUCGCCGGAGUCGCUGGCGACAAGGGAUUUCUCGGUAAAUGGUCUUUCGUCGAGGACCGGUGACUGGGAGUCGAAAUUGGAGGAUACCCAGGUGGACGAAGCUGAAUCCACUUUGAAAGAAGCUCUCUCCUUAAAUUAUGAGGAAGCUAGGGCUCUGUUGGGGAGGCUUGAGUUCCAAAGAGGGAAUUUUGAUGCAGCCCUUCAGGUAUUUCAGGGUAUUGACAUAAAAGCUUUAUCCCCAAGGAUGACAGGGGCUAUUGUUGAGAGAACUAGGCUGCGAAAACCUCGUGCUAAAGGUGAUAACAUACCUCCCGGUGUGAUGUCGAUGCAUUCGGUGAGCUUACUUCUUGAAGCGAUCUUGCUUAAAGCAAAAUCACUGGAGGAACUUGGGCGAUAUAUAGAGGCUGCAAAGGAGUGCAAAAUAAUUCUGGAUACUGUUGAAUCAGCAAUACCCCAUGGAAUGUCUGAGGGCAUUGGUGAAGACUGCAAGUUGGUAGAGAUGUUUCACAAAGCAUUGGAGUUGCUCCCAAAAAUGUGGACCAAGGGAGGCGUUCUUGAUGAAGCUAUCACUGCAUAUCGCCGGGCUCUAGUCAAGCCAUGGAACUUGGACCCCCAGAGGUUGGCUGCUGUACAGAAAGACUUAGCUGCCACGUUACUUUAUGGUGGGGUUGAAGCAAGCGUUCCCCCACAGUCACAAGCAUGGGGUCCGACAAUCCCUAAGAAUAGCACAGAAGAAGCAAUCCUUUUGUUGUUAGUACUCAUGAGAAAAGUGGCAUUACGGGAAAUAAAAUGGGAUGCCGAAAUUAUGGACCAUCUGGCCUAUGCACUCUCAAUUACUGGCCAAUUCGAAUUAUUAGCUGAGCAUGUGGAGCAGGUCCUGCCAAGUAUCUAUAACCGAACUAAGAGGUGGUACUUUCUUGCUCUUUGUUACAGUGCCGCAGGACAAAAUGAAACAGCUUUGAACCUUUUAAGAAAGGUUUCGGGUUGUUCUGAAGCAAAGCACAAACCCCAUGUUCCUUCUUUUUUGCUGGGAGCAAAAUUGUGUUCCCAAGAUCCAAACCAUGCUCACCAAGGGAUUUACUUUUCUCGUAAAGUUAUUGAUUUGGAUGAUCAUCUGAAUGAGCAUUUCAUGGGCCAAGCCCAUAGAUUCCUUGGUGUUUGCUAUGGGAAUGCUGCUAGAGUUUGUGUCUUAGAUUCUGAGCGAAAUCUCUUUCAGAAAGAGUCUUUGAACACUCUAAACCAUGCUGCUCUUAUUGGGAAAGAGGAUCCAGAAGUGAUGUUUAGCCUUGGGCUAGAGAAUGCAUUGCAGAGGAAUCUGGAUGUAGCUUUUGACAAUGCAAUGAUGUAUUCUGGGACAGUGGCUGGCAGCUCAGGAAGAGGUUGGAAACUUUUAGCUCUUGUACUUUCUGCUGAGCAGCGAUUCAAUGAUGCUGAAACCAUAGUCGAUUUUGCUUUGGAUGAGGCUGGGAUGAUUGAUCAGUUAGGACUUCUUAGAUUGAAAGCUGUGCUUCAGAUUGCUCAGGAACAGCCCAAGCAAGCAAUAGAAACCUAUAGAAUCUUGUUAGCUCUGAUUCAAGCACAAAGGGAGCUUCAAGCGAAGAACUUUGAUCAAGCGAACUACUUGGUUUCCGAUGCAUUAGGAGAAAGAAAAUUGGAAAUGACAGCCUGGCAGGAUUUGGCUUCCAUAUACACUGAACUUGGUUCAUGGCUUGAUGCAGAACUUUGUGUGGGCAAAGCCAAGUCAAUUGAAUUUUAUUCCUGCAGGAGUUGGCAUACAACAGGCAUGCUGUUUGUAGCUCAAUCACUCUACAAGGAAGCAUUAGUUUCCUUCGCAGUGUCGUUGUCAAUAGAACCGGAUUAUGUUCCAAGUAUUGUUUCUACUGCAGAAGUACUGAUGAAACUUGGUAGCCAAUCUCUCCCAAUUGCAAGAAGUUUUUUAAUGAAUGCUUUACGAUUAGACCCCACAAACCACGAAGCAUGGUUGAACCUUGGAUUGCUUUCAAAAAUGGAAGGCUCCUUACAACAAGCAGCAGACUAUUUUCAAGCUGCAUAUGAGCUUAAGCUGUCAGCUCCUGUUCAAUGCUUUUGGUGACAUUGGUUUUCCAAUACUUUAAGCAGACAACUCUAUGACAGAAAAAUGGGUGCAAGAUCUGAAUGGUUAUUGCUUAUUCCACUCAGCAUUGUUUCGUAAUCAGUUUCCUUGAUUAAGAAUGUAUAGAAACCCUAGCUACUUGUUCAAAUCAAAAUGUACAUUAGAUCAGGGUUUCCUAAUGAAUCAUGGGAUAUAUUCGUCUCUGUAGCACUGUAUUGUAGCAAUUUACUCACGUGGUAAAUUAAGUAGUGAAAUAUUGUGCUGAA